CAAAACCGACUAGAACAUUAAUUAUGUGGCAAAACUGGAAGCACAACAGACGAUGAGUCAUCAGCUUUGUGGCCAAACUAUUACGCAUAAUUUGACAAACGAAUUUAUACAAAAAAACAUGACAACUCAGACUCACAAAAUUAAAAUAAUAAAAAAUUCAUAUUGUUGUUGAAGUUUUGUUGGUAGACGUAACAUACGUUACAAACCCCUAGGAUAUAAAUAGAGCUCGUUGAAUAAAAUGAGUAUAAGAGAAACAAAGCUCAACAGCAAGAAAAAAAAAAACAAAUAUGGCAAUGAAGAUCAUCAAGAAUCAUGUAAGAUCGAUAAGCUUACCGUCAAGAUCUCAUCCCAGCACAGCAGCGAUCGAGGAAUCGCUAGACAAGUAUCUUAUCACUAUGAACACGAAGACAGUGACGUCAUCCGAAUCGGUUAACUCCAGUUUGGUGGGGUUAGAGGAUCUGUACGCGUGUACGGAAGAGUGUUUGAAGAUGGGUUCCACUCGAAAUGUGUUGUCAUUUAAUGCUGAGAGGAAGAAGAUGAAGGGAGAGUUUAUGGAGGAAAUGCUUGAAGGGUCGUUGAAGCUGAUGGAUAUAUGCAACGCCGCUAGAGAGCUCAUAGUUGAGACUCAUGAGCAUGUUCUUGGUCUUCAAAUUUGCGCUAGGAGAAGGCAAGAUAUCGAUUUCUCUGACUAUGUGGGGUUUAGGAAGAACAUGAAGAAAGAAGCGAGGAAACUUCUUGGAUCCUUGAAGAAUAUUAAUGUAGGGUUAGUGAUAAGAGAUAAUGAUCUUGAUCAAGAACGUGAUGUUCAUUUCUUUGCCGUAAAUCACGCUAUGAGACGUGUUGUUUCGAUGACGGUUUCGGCCUUGAAGUCGUUCUUGGAGUUCUUGUCGGGUAGACAAAAUGGAAACGACAUAAGGAGCAAGUUUGCUUUGGUACUCAUGAAGAAGAAGUUUCACGAUUACCGUAAGAUAGUCACAAACGAGUUGGAGGAUGUAGAUUCAGCUAUAUCCGGAGAUUCUUGCUCUCAAGAGGAACUUCAUAAGAAGCUUGAGGACCUUGAGGUGUGGACUGGGAGGUUUGAGAAAAGUCUAGAAGGUUUGUUUCGAAGGUUGAUUAGAACAAGGACCUCGCUUCUCAACAUCAUUUCUCAAUAGAUGUAUAUGCAUGUAACCUUGUAAUCUUUGUGGGCAUUUGAUUUUAGAGGAAUUGCCGGAGGGUUACACACUAUACACAUAUAAGAUUUUGUAA